AUGGGCGAUCUUGUUCUGAUUUUAACAGAGGAUUUUAACAACGAUCCGUACUUAAUAUUAUUCCUCUGCUUUACUUGCGGUGUCUUCUUUUUCCGUGCUAUCAAUACAUUCCUCGAAAAAGGAAAGAUCUCCACAUUUAAAUAUUGGAGCCGUUCAUUCUUUAGAUAUUUCAUGUUUUUAAUGAUUAUAAUGAAACUUGUUAUGUUCUCCAUUCAAUUGGAUAACAAUGUAAUGAACAACAACCUAUUUUGCUGGCUCGAAUUCGGAUCUAACGUAUGUUUUAUCAUUGCUUUAAUUAUGCUUUCCCAAUCAUUCAGAAACUUCUCGACACUUUGUACCGUCAAGAACAAGAUUAAGAGACCAUACUUCAGAAUUAUUUCCCUUUCAUACUUCUCACUUUGCACAAUUGUCCUCAUACUCUCUACAGUAUUCAAUGGCAACUCUCAUGCAAUCAAGAACCCAAAGCCUGGCAAGGAAAAGACAUAUAAAAUCGUUUCACAAGUCUUUUACGUUAUUUUCCAGUUAAUGAGCUUAUCUGCUCUUUUAGUUUUUAUCACAAUUCCGAUGCUUACAUCUCUUAUCUACCAAUUUAAGAACCAAUUCGGCAAAAUGAUCAAUAUAAUCUUUAUUUCAACUGCUGCUCUUUCUGUCGCUGCAAGCAUAUUUAGAAUAUGGUAUGCAUUCAAUGUUGAUCAUCAGUUACCACUUAGAAUCAGCCGUUGGGUUACUGCAAUUGUAGAUAUUAUUAUUUCAAUGCAACAAACAUUAAUAGAUCACAUCAUCAAGAAACACUCUAACAUUCUCUUACAGAACAAGCUCGAAUCAUCUUCUGGCGCUUCAGACGUCAAAACAAUGUAA